AUGCCAUAUACACUCCUACUAGUAUUUAAUCUACUUUUUGUAACACGGGGUGCUAACUCAUUCUAUUCUAAGCCACGUGUUGUUCAAGAUAAAAUUACUAGAUACACUAGGUACACUAGGAAAAAUCCAUUAAAGUGCAAAGUGAAAAACAUUCAAAUGAUCGGCAGAUAUGAUGAUUCUUGCGAGUUCUAUCACGUCACGCUAUCACAUCAACAACCUUUUCCCUACUACGAGGGCCAAUACUGCACUGUAAUACCCCCGGCUGACCCUUUGACCUGCAAAAGAUUUGCUCCUAGGCCCUAUUCCAUUGCUAACAGCACAACAUCCCCUACAAUUACUGCUCAAUCUGAUUCUGCCCUUGAUCUUGAUAAUAACAUCGAAUUAUGCAUUAGGAAAUUUAUCAAUCCCGAGACCAAUGCGCCGGGAUUAUGUUCAAAUUAUCUCAUUAAUUCAAAACUCGGUGACACGAUCAAUGUUGCUGGGCCUUUUGGCAAGUUAAAUAUUAGAGACUUUUUAUCAGAACCAAUUCAUACAAACGACCCUACCGACGAUCGCGCUAAACACGACCAAAUUUGUUCUAGUCACAGUAUUUCUAACACGCAUAAGGUCAACAUAAUUCUUGUGGCAACUGGUACAGGAAUUGCCCCUUUUAGGUCAUUUUACAAGUAUCUAUUUCGAUCAAUAGAUUCACAGUCUCUUGACCUCUUCAACAAAUUGCUGCUGAUAUACGGCGUCAAAAAUGAAGAUUGCCUGCUAUAUAGGGAUGAAUUAGAACACUUGCAGAGAAAUUUUCCUGGAAAAUUUAACCUUCUAAAGGCCUUUUCUCGUACAUCUGAUAAGAGAUACGUACAAGAUGUCAUCGUAGAUAAUCGAGAUUUCAUCAAAUCAUUCGUAGAUAAGAAUAGUAAAGUAUUCGUUUGUGGAGCCAAAGCCAUAGUAACGCCAAUUAAACACGCACUGCAAAAAGUUACCGAUAUAGAUGUCUAUAAUCAAAUCGCAAACAACAUGACUAUUGAAGUGUACUAA